UUUCACUGAUGGUGGGUGUCAGUACUAGUUUCAAAUUUAUUCAAUAUUUUGUUUUAACUGAGUUUAGUGUCAAAAAAUAUUUCAUAGCAACCCUCGUAGAGCCUGUUCGAUGGACCCCCGUUCGAUAGGCCCUGAUCUUUUACAUGCAUUUCUUUAUCCUCACAACUUUCAAACAAAUUAGUUUAUAGCUUUUUUUUAGUUAUUUACUAAUUGAAUUUCUGGGAGUAUGUAUUGUACAUACAUAUAUCAUAUUUAUCAAUUUCAUUAGGCUUCUUACCAAUGGAUGAUGGAGAUGUCACCUUUGUGUCAAAUUACAUAGUGUUACUGUCACCGAUCAUAAUUUCUUUUCUUUCAGUUAUUUCUUGCCAACGAGUGCAACAUACCAUGAUAAUACCAUAAUUAUUGCAAUAGUUUCUUUCAAAAUUUCUCUUUUGCUAUACAGUAUGUAAUGAUUUUAUUUAAUGGGAAAUAUAAUUAAAUUUUACACAAAUGGGUGCUUGUUUAGGCAGCCAUCGGAAUCGUCGGCAUCCAAGAUAUGGAGAUCCAAAUUAUCCAGCAAUUGGUAAAAACCAACCUCUGAAAAAGGAACACCCUCGAUGGCGAAGUGAAGUUCCAUUAACAGAAGGUCAAUUGAGAAGUAAAAGAGAUGAAUUUUGGGACACAGCUCCUGCAUUUGAAGGUCGGAAAGAAAUAUGGGAUGCUUUGAAAGCAGCAGCUGUAGCAUUAGAAGCAAAAGAUUAUGGCCUGGCUCAAGCAAUCAUCGAUGGAGCCAAUAUAUCUCUUCCACAUGGUACAUUAUUAGACUGUUAUGAUGAGCUUGGAUCUCAUUAUCAACUACCUGUCUAUUGUCUUGCACCUCCUGUAAAUCUUUUAGUAGGUUCUUCAGCUAAUCAACAAAACCUCAGCGAGGAAUUUCAAGAUAUAUCCAGCACUGACAAAGCAACAACUUUAAAGAUCAGAUUAUCAACAGGUGUAGAUAUCAAGUUAAGAGUAUUGCCACAAGACACUGUUUUUACUGGAAAAAGACGAUUAGAAAAACAGGAAGGUGUGAAGGUAUCAAGUCAGCGAUGGAUCUUUGCCGGUAAAAUGUUACCAGACCAACAGAGAAUCGAACAAUUAAAAAUUGAGACAACCUAUAUAGUGCAGUGUAUUAUUACUGAACUACCUGGAACAUCUUCUUGACAUAAAUAGGCUCAUAUUUUAAGACCUUUACUAAAGCAGUAUUUCUUUGUUUUAAUUUUGAAUUUACAAAUCAACUGAUUCUGAAUGUUUUAUUGUGGGUUAUUUGUUUUUUUAUUGUUCAUCAGCAUUGUUUGUAAUUUGUGAAAUUCUUUAUCAUUUGUCGUAUUUUGUUUCCUCAGUAUUUAAGUGCAAAUAGAUUGUCUGUGUAAAAAUCAAAAAUUUGAAAAUAGUUAUUGAAAUUGAUUGCUGUGUUUCCAACAAGAUAUCGAGAAAUGAAAUACUAUAAACCAGUGAUUUCCAACCAUUUACCACUCAUGGCCUCCCUGUUUAUCAUUACAGUGGUGUUUAUAGUAUUUUGAUUGGUGGAUUCCAAAUCCCAUUAUGUUUAAACAAUUCAUGCUCAACAAAGUGAAAACACCCUGUGAAAUAACCUUCGCAAAGAAAUGAAACUAGGAAGAUGUGGGAGUUUUCUUGUAAAGGGAAAAGUGAAAUCAGUUUUGUGCCUAUAAUUAUGGGCCCCGAGUUGAGAACGGCUGCUAUGGGCCCCGGGUUGAGAACGGCUGCUAUAUACUAUAUCUCAGUGCUCUUCAACCUUUUUGUUAUUGUGAAACCCUUGAUAUAAUUUUUCGUUUUUUAUGGAACCCCAAUUAACAAAAAUAAAAAAAAAACACGAAAUACUCGUAACACGAAAUAUUUGUAAUUCGAAUAUUUCUACUUCAACAACGAAACAGAAAGAAGGUAACAAGCGUGAAAUUCAAUGACUUAGUUGUUCUUGCAUUUCCUUUGCAAUCUUCUUGAAUUCUCAUGCUCAUGUCUACACUCUUUAAACAACUUCGCAGCAACGCAUCAACAUGCUGAAGCAUGAAA